AUGGUCGCCUUGCAAUGUUAUUUGCAUAUGAAUAGAUCCAACAUCAUCGCCCCUGCCAAGAAGCACUGCACUAGCAGUUCCACUUCAACUUUCCUACGCAUUAUAACAAAGAAAGCAAGGAGAAGAAAAGGAAACGGGAACAAUUUAUUGAAACAGCCAAGUAAGCAUGCAUACAUUGGCACGUGUUUCGCAGUUCUUGACAAUCACAUAUUCAUACAUUUUGUCCACGUUAUUAUUGCUGUCAUGGUUAUCAUUCAAAUAUUCAGUGGUUACAGCGAUGUUGUUAGUGUUGAUUCAAGUGUUGUUGAUGUUGUGGUCGACUUUGACGUUGCAAUUUAUUUUCAAGAGCAAACUUUAUAUUUCAUACAAUUAUGCAUGUGCAUAUGCAUGCUACGUCAUGAAACCAACAGCGCGACACAACUUUAUUACGUCAUCAUGGAGUGCGAUACAAUCUAUCGUUGCGUGUGGCACGGACCAUUUAUAAACAACAAGCUCCUUGCCUCGUCAGCAUCAUAA